AUGGACGCGCUCAAAUCCGCCGGAAGAGCGAUCAUCAAGAGCCCGGGAGUCCCGCGCCACACAUGGGGAACUUCUAAACACGAGAAGCUGCCGGAGAACUGGACGGACACUAAGGAGACUCUGCUGGAGGGCAUGGUGUUCAAUGUGAAGUAUCUGGGCAUGACUUUGGUGGGGCAGCCCAAAGGAGAGGACAUGGCCUCCGCUGCCAUUCACAGGAUCGUGGCCACAGCCCGAGCCAGCGCCAAGAAGUUCAGAAAAGUCACGCUUACAGUUUCCCCCAAAGGAAUCGUCAUCACAGACACAGAUACUGCUGACCUCAUAGAAAAUGUAUCUAUUUACAGAAUCUCCUACUGCACAGCCCACAAAACUCAGGACAAAGUGUUUGCCUACGUGUCCCAGAGUCAGUUCAACGAGACCCUGGAGUGCCACGCCUUCCUCUGCCAAAAGAAAAAGAUUGCUCAGGCAGUGACAUUAACAGUGGCCCAGGCCUUCAAAGUUGCUCUUGAUCUCUGGGAAAUAGCUCAGGAAGACAAAAAUAAGAAAUCCGAGACUUGCUCCAGCAGUACCAGUCAGACCGAGUCAACAGAGUCUGCUGCAGAACCAGCGACACCGCACAAGCCAGCACAAAGCGAAGAGAAGGUGCGGAGACCCUUCUUAGCGGCUCUGCUCCACUCUCCUUUACCCCGCAGUAAUCCCACACGCAGGAGACCCAUCAAACAUGACUCAUGGGAUGUGGACGACGGUCUGGAAGAUGCGUUCUCAAGCAACAUGGAGGUGGAGGAGAUGGCCUCUGACUGUUCGAGUCCAAACCACGCCCUGACGAUGCAGCUCUGA